GCUGCCUGUGCGCACCUCCUUACUCAGAUCCCACCGGGCCGUCAUAGCCGGUAGGCGUGCGGCGACAGAAACCUGGCUGCACCGCGUCAGCGCAAUACUUGUGCUAUUUUCUGACACGACCUAAAUAAUUUCAGCCGUAACCUAAUUAUUUCAUCUCUUGCCUCUCUCUUUCUCUCUCUCUCUAGGUGAACUAAAAAAGCCCAACAACAACAACAACAACAACAGUGGAUAUAUGAAUCAGGAGAUCUGCAUUCAACUGUUUGGGGAAAAAUAUUAAAGCUCCUGUCCUGUCCACAGCUGCCCCUAGGAGUGGGAAGUACUCGGGACCUCUGCGCUGUGAAGAGUCGCUCCUGUGCCGUGCAGCAGUGCGCGGAGAGCAGCCUCAGCAGACGCACCAAAGGGGCAGGAGGGAUAUAGGAAGGUGGACGAUAUUUUACGCACAGCAGCAGUCAGUAGCCCUGUCUGACACGCGGGAGUCUCCUGCUCCGUUUCGGACUCAACACAGUCGCUUCCUUUCUUGGUCGGAUUUGCACUUGACUAAGUCCACAUACAGCAGUCGGCUGGGAUGGAUUCCUUCAUCAUAGUGGCUCUGGCGGUGUGCUCUCUAACGGCACCAGCCUAUGGGGACAAAGGGACCAGCAAAGCCCGGAGUUGUUCGGAUAUCAGGCAGUUUUAUAGCGGGAAAGGAUUCGCUCUGGAUGGUGUCCCUCAGUCUGAGAUAUCAGGGGAGCACCUGCGCAUCUGUCCCCAGGGUUACACCUGCUGCACCAGUGACAUGGAGGACAGCUUGGCCAUGCUGAGCCGCAGGGAGAUGGAGGGAGUACUCAAAGAGGCUGGCCGAUCCUUGCAGACCUCCCUCACUGGACAGUACAAGGCCUUCGAUGGUUACUUCAUGGAGUUGCUGAACCGCUCAGCGAUUAGUCUACAGGAGACUUUCACAACAACCUGGGGGGCUGUCUACUCCCAGAAUUUGCAGGUCUUCACUGACUUGUACACGGAUUUGAGGCACUACUACCGAGGCUCCAAUGUCAACCUGGAAGAGGUGCUCAACGAAUUCUGGGCCAGGCUGCUGGAGAAGCUCUUCUACCAGGCAAACAAGCAAUAUUACAUAGGUGAGGACUACCUGGAGUGUGUGUCCAAGCAGAUAGAGACAUUACGGCCCUUCGGAGACACGCCCCGCGUGAUGAAGAUGAUGGUCACGCGCACUUUUGUGGCAGCACGUUCCUUUGUUCAGGGACUGGUGGUCAGCGGGGAGGUGGUGCGCAAAGCCUCCCAGGUGCAGCUGAGCCAGGAGUGCAUGCGGGCCAUGAUGAGGAUGACUUACUGUCCCCACUGCCGCGGCAUGGCCUCGGCCAGACCUUGUGCCAACUACUGCAGCAACGUCAUGAAGGGCUGUCUGGCCAACCAGGCUGACCUCAACUCCGAGUGGAGGAAUCUGGCAGACACAAUGAUGCAGGUGGCUGGUCGCUUUGAUGGCCCAUCUGGCGUGGAAAGCGUUGUCCUCUCCCUCCCCAAUCGCAUAUCAGAAGCCAUGUCUACUAUGAUAGAGAAUAUAGAGACCAUCAACAGCAAGUUGUUCCAGGCAUGUGGCAACAUCCGAGAGGGAGGAACCAGCAGCACAGGAGGCGACGACAUCAUGAAAAGAGGGAAGGUGACAGUGGAGGACAGGUUGGGAACCAGCUCUAACAAAAUGGAAAAACUGGUUUCUGAUGUAACCAUGAGACUGAAGGACAUGCAGCCAUACUGGGUUUCUCUCCCAAGUGUUCUCUGCAGCGACAGAGUGGCCACUGGAACAGGGGCCGAGGAGAAGUGUUGGAACGGCAUGAGUCGUGCCAGGUACCUUCCUGAGGUCAUGGGUGAUGGCCUCGCCAGCCAGAUCAACAACCCUGAAGUGGAAAUCGACAUCACCAAACCAGACAUGACAAUACGCCAACAGAUAAUGCAGCUGAAGAUCAUGAUGCACCGCCUGCGGAACGCUCUCAACGGCCAGGAUGUGGACUUUCAAGACACCAGCGAUGAUGCCAGCGGUUCAGGAAGUGGCAUGUGCGCUGAUGGUAUGUGUUCCAAUGACCCGCACAUCGUCCCCGUCACCGACCGACCCAUACUCUACCCUUAUCCUCCAGAAAACAAGAAGGUUAAAGGCUCCAGCGCCAACCAGAACCUCCCCUGCAUCGCCAUUUACCUGCUUUCACUGCUCAUUUUGCUGCUGCGGCGAUAAUUGACGGAGGAAUCUACCAACUGGGACUGAGUUUGGGACAUGGAGGUUGGGGGAGAGUCUGAAAGGGGAGGGAGGAGAUGUUGGGGAUUAGUUACGUUGCCAAAACUAAAAAAGUAUAAGGAACCGACAACAGAAAAAAAAAUCACUUGGAUGGACUUCCUUUUGGUUUUGGAUUAGAACAAAAUGGAAUUACGAGUAUUCAUAAAUGUUUUGGUUCUGCUCUUUUCUUUUAUUCUUGCUAUAUUAUGACACCAUUAGAGCUGGUCUUUUCGCAUCUUCUAAUGUUUUGUUUCUGGUGUUUGGGUUCUCUGAGAUUAUAUCUGUACCUAAGACAUGUGUAAGACUAUAUUGCUAACAGUAUGUUGGUGUUGACACCAUGUGGAGAGGGAGAAUGGGGCUUUGCAGUGGCGCUCGAUACAUAUAUUUGUUAUUCCACUCCUUUAAAGAGCACUUGUGUUCAGUAGAAUUAUUUAUUAUUCAAUAACUCACAACAGACCCCAGAGUGGUUUAACCACUCCCCAAUAUUUAUAGAAAAUAUACACAAACCACAAACCUAAAUGAUAUACAAUAUUGAUGACUUUUAAAGGAGGAUAAUCUGGGCAGCACGACCCAGCAGACCUCUUAAUGCAGUAAGCCUCACGGUAUCAUUACACUUACACACACUCUGUCACAGCGAGGAUGCGAGCACGCCGCAUCAGCACUUUUUGCCAUUUCAUCAUGUAAGCUGUAAUAAUAGCCACGAUCACAUUCACACUGACAUGAUCAUCUAAUGUGAGAGUAACAUGACCCAUCCGCCACUCCAUCCAUCCAUCCACUCAUCCCUACAUUCCCCCUGCUGGGGCAGAUCUCCCUCUCUCUCCAGAGCCUGCUGGCUGUGUAGGAUCAACUCGAGAGUCUGGUGUAAGCAAGACACAUGCUGGGCCGGGCCAGGUCUCAGAUGACAGCCCACUAUAGAGCACUGUAUGUGGA